AGAACCGAAAGCCAAAAACCACGGUCACCGAUACCCAUCCUUUAUGCUCUCUAUGAACUAAUAUAAUUUCAUUCAUCAUCCUUCCCUAGGGCAUUUCCUAUCCAUGGUCCCAGAGGAUUAAAGGAAAAUCAGGAAGUCGAGUUACAGAGAAGCGCGCCGAUUUUGAUGGAACUUUCUACAUUGAUUCAGCCCAAGUAUUACACAUUAAGGGAGAAACCACUCUUUACAUCAGAGGCAUUGACUUCAUUUAUACUUCCAUGACUCCUGACUUAGUAUAAAAGUAAUAAAAUGUAAAUAGAAGGGACGUUUAAUUUAUAGAAACGCUGAAAAAAUGGUUUGAAAUUCCCACUAGCUCAUUUGAAAAAGACAAUCUUAAAGAGUUGAAAAAAAUGAACAUAGUUCUCAGGUUGGACCAAUGAAUCCUACAGAGUUUCAUUGAAAUCGACGUCCGACUUUCCUUGUUAGAGGAGAAGCAGUAACAUCCGAAGCAGCGAUAAGGGAGACACCAUCACCCCCGGAUAACGCAGAAAAACAUCAAGUGUGGGAUGCGCACGCACUCAUCGCGACGACCACUGUGCAUGCAUAGCACUACUGGAGGGAUAAGGGGGUGAAAACGGAAGUUCGCGUAGAUAGAAAGGGUGCAGUCGCCUCAAAACGUCUGCUUGAUCCUACUCUUGUGCCGGACCUCCCCUUUAAGCUUUCCGUUCAUUCGGUUCCACCUUCGAUUCCUCCCUUUAACGAUCACCCCCGCGAUGGCUCUCGAUGCCACCGAAAAAAGCUACAUCUUGGACGCGAGGAACAGCUACGAGGAUGGUGGCAGUCUCGGUUCUGAGGAGUCCUAUGAUGAUAUGAGACAAUUAGUCGGGGAGAAGAAGGAAGAAUCCGGAAAAUUCAAUAGUCUACCUCUGGCUAGUUUUAAUUUCAUCAAUUCUAUUAUUGGCAGUGGUGUCAUUGGCAUACCAUAUGCCCUCCAUCAAGCUGGAUUCGGUCUUGGAAUAGCAUUAUUAAUAGUGGUAGCUGGUCUCACUGAUUACUCUUUGAUUUUAAUGGUCAGAAGUGGCCAUAUCUGUGGAGAGAUGAGCUACCAGGGUUUAAUGAGGGCCAGCUUUGGUCGUACUGGAUUUUACAUUCUCACCACUCUACAAUUUAUUUACCCAUUCAUAGCAAUGGUCUCUUAUAACGUUGUCGUCGGCGACACUGUGACGAAAGUUCUAAUAAGGGUAACAGGGAUGAGCGAGACGAACAUCUUCGCUCACCGUCAAGUGGUCAUUUUCUUCGCGACAGUCUGCAUUACAAUACCACUGUGUCUUUACAGAAACGUUGCACGUUUGGCCAAGAUCUCAUUCCUUUCGUUGGUCUGCGUCGGUUUCAUACUCUUGGCUAUCUUAAUUCGGAUGGGUACGAUGUCCGCAAUUGUGCCAAAUCAAGAAGAUAGCUGGCGUUUUGCAAACUUCCCGGGCAUAAUACCCUCCGUUGGAAUUAUGGCAUUCGCCUUUAUGUGCCAUCAUAAUACGUUCCUUAUCUACGAGUCUAUAGAGAGAGCUACUCAACAAAAGUGGGACGUCGUCACCCAUUGGUCACUGUUCACUUCGUUUUUGAUAGCGACUGCCUUUGGGAUCAUCGGAUACGCUACUUUCACCGCGUACGUACAGGGUGAUCUUAUGGAGAAUUAUUGUUGGGACGAUGAUCUGAUGAACUUCGCCAGGGUUAUGUUCAGCGGGACUAUCCUCCUGACCUUUCCUAUCGAAUGCUUCGUCACGAGGGAGGUGAUUUUGACAGCAAUUAAAGGGACAGAUGAACUAGAAGACCACACAGCAUACGUUCCUAACUCCGACAGAAAGUACUUGAUUAUCACUCUGACGAUAGUAAUCGUGGCAUACCUGAUUUCGAUGUCCACUGAUUGCCUUGGGUUGGUUCUCGAAUUGAACGGUAUCCUAGCAGCUGUACCUUUAGCCUACGUUCUUCCUGGCCUCUGCUACCUCAAACUGGAAGAGGGACCAGUUCUUUCGUCUAAGAAACUUCCAGCGCUCGGUCUGAUGACCGCGGGCGGUUUCGCAGCUCUCUCUGGGCUGCUGUUGUUGAUUUUGAAUCGUGGCACUUCCGGGUCCUGCGUGCACGGAAAGAUAAACGAAGGAGAUGGUUUACCUCCAGUGAUUUGUUUGCCUUGUAAUCAACGUUUGGAUGCAUCUUAUAAUUUUAAAUGUCAGAUACAAAAUUCGGAUGAAAAGUUGCGUCAACUUCUCAAAUUCAAGUCUCCUUCGGAUGAUUCUGUUAGCAGUGAAAUCAUAGUCAAAACUAUAACUGCUGACAUGAUAUCUUCUCAAAAAGAAAACAGUAAAAGGCAAGAAGUUAAUUCUACAAAUUUCUACCCUGACGAAAAACAACACAUAAAAAAUGUUCCUAAUAAUUUGUUAGAGGAUUCUAUGAGACAAAUUAACUCUGUUAAACAUGAGGCAUUGUCUGUUUUUGAUGAACAUACAGAACACAAUGAAGUAAUAGAUUCUGUGGGAUAUAUCACUUCAAUUAAGGAAGAAGAAUUAUCUUUAGAAAGUACUUUGUUUGGUAGUGAUGUAAAUAACAUUGAAGCAUUGGAUAAUUCACAAGUGUUAGAAGAAACAUCAAAAACAAAUGGCACACAAGAUGAUGAAGACACACCACUUAUAUCACAUAUUACUAAAUUUCGCUGUACACUGUGUAUGAAAUAUUUCUGUUCGAAAAAAUCGUUACAGAGGCAUGCUAGUAGUAGUGUACAUACACGCCGAACUAAAUUGCAAUAUAUUUGUUACGUUUGUGAUAAACACUAUUCAACUUUGGGAAAAAUGGAAAAUCAUGUGGUGAUGCAUCAUGAAACAGAUUGGGAAGAAGAAAAUAGUAAGGAUAGGAGAGUCAGUUAUGAUCAAGAUAAAGGAGUCACAAGCAUCAAAGAUAAAGGAAUUAAUAAUCUUUUUGAUGAUAUAUUUCUAAAGGACCAACAAACAGGUUCAAAAUACACUUGUAAAAUCUGUUUAAAAGAAUUUCUUCAUCAGAAUUUCUUUUUAAUACAUGCUAAAAGUCAUGCAGAGUAUAAAGAAGAUCUGGAUAAUUUCUAUCAAUGCUCAUUAAACAAAAGGUCUGUUGAAGCUAUUGAAGAUGGAAAAGAAAAUACGAAAGAUGGCAAGAUUGGAAACUUUCCUGCUAAGAGUCUACAGUGUACUCAGUGUGAAAAACAGUUUACUACAAAGAGAAACCUUAGACGACAUCUGUUCAUACAUACAGGAAUAAAAUAUACUUGUCGGACUUGUGGUAAAGGAUUUUCAAGAGUAGAUAAAUUAAAAGAUCAUGAACUAAUACAACACAUGGCUGGAAUAUUUGAUAGCUCAGAGUUAGAUGAUAGCGAUGACAUGGACAGUAUUAAUAUGGGAGGCUGUGUAGAAAAGGAAAAGAAAAGUCGUUACAAUAGACCACACAAAUGUGCGAAUUGCCCCAAAUCAUUUGCGCGGGCUCAGUCCCUAGUAAAUCACUUAAAGCGUCACGUGCGUGCCAACCAAAUUACAAAGAAGUACCUUUGCGAGGUUUGCAGCAAAUGCUUUGCACAGAACGCGUCUCUUACUAUACAUAUGCGUACACAUACGGGUGUAAAACCGUAUGCUUGUAGCAUGUGCAGUAAAGCCUUCCCAAAAAGCAGUUCCUUACAAAGACAUUUACGCACGCACAGUGGAGAAAAACCUUACAUUUGUCAGUAUUGCAGUAGAGCUUUCGCACGUGCAAAUACACUAGCACGACAUAUAACGACGCAUACAGGAGAAGCAAAGUAUCAUUGUGAAGUUUGUACGAAGUCGUUUAAAAGACUGGCUUCGUUAAAUCAGCACAUCCACAUUCACACUGGUCAGAGACCACACGUGUGCAAGCUUUGUACAAGGACAUUUACCAACACUGGAUCGCUUUACAUACACAAGAAAAAAUGCAAGGGGGAGCAGCCGUGUAAUACUGAAGUAACGGUUUCCAUGGAAAAUUCUGUGAUACAACAUGAUGUAAACGUUCCAUGUGUUUUUAUUUAUUCGCGAAAGGAGCUGGUCGAGGACACAAUCGUUGGACAGAUUAUGCCUACACCGCAAUAUAUGAUUACAAAUGUGCAUAAUCAGGACCUUUUGAUUAAUUAGGAUGUACGACACAUUCUUAAAG